UGCACGACCAACCACCCCCACACAACACAGUACACACCAUACACACACAGUGUAUCUACUGUGCACGCUCGACUCAGUAGUACAGUACUUUACUGUACAUAUCCGGGUACCGGUUGAUUCACGAAAACCAGGCGAAAGGCAACGAAGCUAACGUAAAAAACGUCUAAGAAUUACACUUUCAAGAAGGUAUUGAACAAAUUCAGGAGUUGUAGAGUCAAAACGAGGACCUGUUAUUAGAUCAGGUAACACAUAAAACAAAAUGUCGGCAAAAGCCAUCCGGGAAGCGGCGGGGAAAAACCUCCUCCAGAAACACCUCCAGUGUGAUGUGACUGCAGCCAAUAGGUGGGCUACAGUCACCGAAGAUGUCAACUGGGAUGAACUGACCAAAGAAAACCCAUGGCUUCUCACUGAGAAGUUGGUCGUCAAACCUGACCAGCUGAUUAAAAGAAGAGGCAAGCUGGGAUUGAUCAAAGUCGGCGUUGACUUACAAGGUGUCAAGGAAUGGCUGACAACGAGGCUCGGAAAAGAAUUUGCCAUUGGGGAGGCCAAGGGGAAUCUCAACAACUUCAUCAUCGAGCCGUUCAUCGCCCACAAGCCGGCCGAUGAAGUCUACAUCUGCAUCUACUGCCUGAGGUCAUGUGAUGUCAUCCUCUUCCAUCAUGAGGGAGGGGUGGACAUUGGUGACGUGGAUGCCAAGGCUUUGAAGUACGAGGUUGGACUGAAUGAAGAUGUAACGGCCAGCACUGUUAAGGAGAAACUGCUGGGUAAAGUACCCAAGGGAAAACAAGAUAUGAUUGCCAAGUUUGUGGAGGCACUUUACAAACAAUACAGAGAUCUCUACUUCACUUAUUUGGAGAUUAACCCUCUGGUGGUAACAGACAAGGUGUACAUCCUGGAUCUAGCCGCUAAGAUUGACGCUACAGCAGAGUAUAUGUGCAAGGCCCAAUGGGGUGAUAUUGACUACCCACCACCCUUUGGUAGAGAGGCAUUCCCUGAGGAAGCUUACAUCGCUGACUUGGAUGCCAAGAGUGGAGCAUCCCUCAAGCUUUCCAUCUUGAAUCAACAUGGCCGAAUCUGGACAAUGCUGGCAGGAGGUGGUGCUUCAGUUAUUUACAGUGACACAAUCUGUGACAUGGGUGGUGCGAGAGAACUGGCCAACUACGGGGAGUACUCAGGAGCACCCAGCGAGCAGCAGACCUAUGAGUAUGCCAAGACGAUACUGAGUCUCAUGACUCGUGAGAAACACCAGGAGGGGAAGGUACUCAUUAUCGGUGGGGGAAUUGCCAACUUCACCAACGUGGCUGCAACCUUCAAGGGUAUUGUGAGAGCCCUGAAGGAAUUCAAGACUAAGCUGAUUGAGUACGGAGUGUCCAUUUUCGUAAGGAGGGGUGGUCCCAACUACCAAGAGGGGCUGAGGGUGAUGAGAGAAUUAGGAAGUUCUCUGGGCGUACCGAUGCAUGUCUUCGGCACUGAGACCCACAUGACGGCCAUCGUUGGCAUGGCGCUAGGCAAGCGUGAGAUCCCCACCAUGCCCACCCCGGGGGACCAGACCACUGCCAGUUUCUUACUCGCCGGAAGCGCCUCUAAAAAGACUGUGGGCAGCCCGGACGAAGAAAAGCCCUUGCCUAAACCCUCAGCGGAUGGCGCUAAGAGUAGUGCGCCCUCUAGUGACCAGGGAGGACAGAGUCAAGCAGCCGGUGGAGUCGCAGAGGCUGGUGGUGAUGCAGGAGCCAAGAGGCAGCUGUUCACCAAUCAGACCAAGUCAUUUCUGUAUGGAAUGCAACCACGAGCCGUACAAGGCAUGCUGGAUUUCGACCACUCCUGCAGACGUGAAGAGCCCUCUGUUGUCGGCAUGAUUUACCCAUUCAGUGGUGACCACAAGCAGAAGUUUUACUGGGGUCACCGUGAGAUCCUGAUACCUGUCUAUAAGAGCAUGGAGAAAGCCAUGAAAACCCACCCCGAUGUGGAUGUGGUCAUCAACUUUGCCUCUCUACGGUCUGCAUACGACAGCACCGUUGAGGUAUUACAGUACCCUCAGAUCCGUACCAUCGCCAUCAUUGCUGAGGGAAUCCCAGAAAACAAGACCCGAAUGCUGAUCCAUCUUGCCCAGGAGAAAGGAGUUACAGUCAUCGGUCCAGCUACGGUUGGCGGCAUCAAACCAGGCUGCUUUAAGAUCGGCAACACCGGAGGCAUGCUUGACAACAUCCUGUCCUCCAAGCUGUACCGUCCGGGGAGUGUGGCGUACGUCUCCCGAUCUGGCGGUAUGUCCAACGAACUCAAUAACAUCGUCUCACGCAAUACUGAUGGUGUGUACGAAGGCGUGGCCAUCGGUGGUGACAGGUACCCAGGAACAACCUUCAUUGAUCAUCUUCUGCGAUACCACGAUGACCCCAAUGUCAAAAUGCUGGUCAUGCUGGGGGAGGUUGGUGGUGUGGAGGAGUACGAAAUCUGCAAGUCUAUCGAGACUGGUCGCAUGAACAAACCGGUAGUGGCAUGGUGUAUUGGAACGUGCGCUACAAUGUUCACGUCAGAGGUUCAGUUUGGGCACGCCGGAGCAUGCGCCAACGCGGAGAGUGAGACUGCAACCGCUAAAAACCAGGCGCUGAGAGUCGCUGGAGCAUACGUCCCAAAGAGCUUCGACGACCUCGGCGAGAAGAUUGGGGAAGUGUACAAUAGAUUGGUAGCAGAAGGAGUCAUCGUACCCAAGCCAGAGAUCCCCCCACCAACAGUCCCAAUGGACUACUCCUGGGCAAGGGAGCUUGGAUUGAUCCGCAAGCCAGCCUCAUUCAUGACGAGCAUCUGUGACGAGAGAGGUCAGGAACUGAUCUAUGCAGGAAUGCCAAUUACGGAGAUCUUUAAAGAAGAGAUCGGGAUCGGAGGUGUGCUGUCUCUCUUAUGGUUUCAAAGAAGACUACCAGCUUACGCCACCAAGUUCAUUGAGAUGUGUCUGAUGGUAACCGCUGAUCAUGGUCCGGCUGUAUCCGGUGCCCAUAACACCAUAGUAACGGCCAGAGCUGGUAAAGAUCUCAUCUCGUCUUUGUGCUCCGGACUUCUCACUAUUGGUGAUCGAUUCGGUGGAGCAUUGGACGCUGCAGCUAAGCAGUUCAGUACCGCUUACGAUUCAGGUCUGAUCCCUCAUGACUUUGUCAAUAAGAUGAGAGCAGAGCACAAGCUGAUCAUGGGCAUUGGGCACAGGGUCAAAUCGAUUAACAAUCCUGACAUGAGAGUAGUGAUUCUACAGCAGUAUGCCAUGGACAACUUCCCUGAGACGCCUCUAUUAAACUACGCCCUCAAAGUAGAGAAGAUUACCACUGCUAAGAAACCCAACCUGAUUCUGAAUGUGGAUGGUUUGAUUGGUGUUGCCAUGGUAGACCUGCUAAGGACCUGUGGAGCAUUUACAAUGGAGGAGUCUACUGAAUUUAUUGAGAUCGGCGCCCUCAAUGGUCUGUUUGUGCUAGGCAGGAGCAUGGGAUUUAUUGGACACUUUUUGGACCAGAAACGUCUGAAGCAAGGUCUUUACAGGCACCCAUGGGAUGACAUUUCCUAUAUCCUACCAGAAAUGGAAUAGACCAAAAAAAACAUGCACAUUCCAUGCAUCGCCAGAAGGGACCAGUAUGUGCUGGAGUGGGGACUUUUGCAGGUUAGAUUACAAAAAAAUUAGUACUAACACGUAAAGAUGUUGUCACGUAUUUCAGAACUCUUAAACAAAAUGUAUUUGUUAAGUUAUCAAUUCUUAUGAAGAAUGUGAGGAAAAAAAAGUUUAAUUAAUAUAUUAUUAAAAACUGUUCUAUAAACUUAUGUAAAAAAAUUAAUAUCAAAAAAUGAGUAGCGAUCAUUGUAUAUGACAAUUAAUGAUAACAUAAUCAGUAAAACAGACUGCACACAUGUAGUAUUUGGUUUUCAAGGUAUGAUUCUAGUGACCAACCAUUGAUUUUGCCAAACUCUUCCUAACUUAGGAUUAAUCUUAAUUAGGACCUUAGAUGUUAGGACGCAGCGAACCCAUCCUAAGUUAGGGCGAGCGGUACUCGUCUUUACUCGAGAUAGGAUUAAUCAUAGCGUUUUGUGAAAUCUGCUGCAGGCUGUUGGGUUGUGCAUAUCCGAAGAUUCCAAUCUUAUCUAGUGUAGUGGUUGAUUUAUAGAUUACAUUAUUUGACUACUCUCUACUGUGCCACAUGUUGGAAGUGAUACUGUAUAAAUUUUGCAUUCCAUUGCUCUAGUUUUAAAGGGAACAUAAAAAAUACCUUUGGUUUUAGGAACCGUUUGAUUGCUUUAUUCUAUACAAAUGUAGAUGUAUACAAUCAAACUAACAUGUGAAAUUUCAUACUCAAAAGGUGGUCAAGUUUUUGAAAUAUCGCCGAUAUUCGAGAGCGAUUAUGUCCCGGCAGGAAGAAUAAUCCGCAAUAGGAGACUUUCUCUGACGAUAGGUGGCAGCAGACUUACCGGGUAAAGCCAUUGUUCUCAGAUCAGUGCGCAUGUGUAGAACUGCGUAAACAAUGCAAAUUUACCCGGUAAGUCUGCUGCCACCUAGCGUUGGAAAGUCUCCCAUUGGAAUAGACAAUCUGAGAAACAUUACUGAUAGUACUGCUUCUCAGAUUACUUCUAAGUGAAAUGUUUCUGCAGAUAUUCAGCGAUAUACAUGUAUCUCAAAAAAGUGCCCACCUUUUAAAAUGAAUUUUCACAAGUUGGUUUUACGGUAUGUUCAGGCCUGUAUGCUUAGUUUUUGAAAGGGCAAGGGCACCAAGGAUUUAUCUCCUUGUUAAAGGGGACCUUCCAUUUCUACCAGAGCAUUUCAAGGGCACCAAGGCAAUUACCAGGGGGGCAAUGAGACAAUCACCUUUGUUUCCUCUGCGAGGAAUCAGGCCUGAUAAGAUUGAAGCAAACAGUAGGUUCCAAAAACCAAUCGCACAUAAUUUAUAUUCAUGGAUCUAGACAAACCCACUUGCUGAGAAGGGUCACCAUUGGGCGCCUCACUAGGAUCGUAGACAACAGUAAGAGUUCCCCCUUGUGGUUUAUUACUUGACAAUACAAAUAAUAUGUUUCCACCCCUUGGGGUAAAACUCUAGCUUCUUGAACGGGCUUAGAAGAAAAGCUGCUGAAGUGGGUCCGGGUUGGUUGAUAAAUCUGAGAUUGAUUUAUCUAGAAAGAAACAGCCCAGUUGUAAUUUGAUAAUUUAAAAAACAAACUGGAAAAACUAGGAAGUAAGGAAGUUUGAAUGUACACAAUCGAAAAUGUUGUUUUAUGAAUGCCACAUAAUUUGAGGGAAAGGUAAAAGCAUUAUUGUUUGUUUUUGAAAGAAGAGUACAUUAAUCCACGAUCAGUUUUUUUUUAAUAUGGCCGAGUGGUUUAGAGCAUCGAAAUCAAGUUCUAGUUAUCGGAUGUGGGUUUGAAUUCUAGCCCAUGACACUUGUGUCCUGGAGCAAGAUGCUUCACAAUGGUUGCUUCUUUUCACCAAGGGUACAAAUGGGUGGCAAGCUUAAAGUCAAGGAUGCAAAACAUUAACUUUCAUGUAAUUUUGUACCGUUGAUAAAGCAGUGACUAACAUUACUGAAGUGGUGGACGUACACAAGCGGGCUGAGGUGUGGAACAUUUGGUUUGAGGUUAAAUUCAAUUGCGGCCAUUUGGAACGAACGUUGACGUGGGAAUUUGGGGGCAGGGUCUAAGUAAGUAAUUGGGGGCAUUUCCCCAUAUUGUCAACCCCCAUCUUUAGCAGCGCUGCUACCAAAUACAGGGAAAAAAAACAUCUGGCAAAAACUUGGAAAAAAUUGAGUGGUGCUCGGUGGUGGUGUAGUUACUGAUUACAUUGAUGAUUAUUUUUUUCAUUCUUUCUACUUUACACCCCCUCCUACAUUAAAAAAUGUAUAAAUAAAUGCCAACAACAAAUAUUUAUGUAAUGUUAAAAUUUUUAUUAAAAAGUAUAUUACCUGUAUGAGAAAAUAUAAUCGGAUGGUUUAUAGCCGGCAGAGAAACAUUAAUUUAGGGUUCCUAGGCUGUUUUCCCAGAUUUGGCUUUCAAAAUUUUGUUCAAAAAUUAGUCUUAUUUCCCAAAUGUGGAAAAAAAGUGUUGGCAACUCAAAAAGAAUAUUUUUAAGUUUUAAGACAAAAAUGAGUAGUCUGAUAGUUUUCCUGUAAUUAUGUUUAUGUUUAUUGUGAUACUUUAUUAGGAUCAGUUACGUUUUCAGAAAUAUAUUCCCAAGAGUUUCCAUUUACGGAAAUAAAAUACUAUAUUGUCCAAAAUGUUGA